CUAGCUCUGAUCCAUCAGCUGCAAAGCCACACACAGCAGCAGCAGCUCUCCUCCCUCAUUUGUUACAUAGUGCUGGAGAUCUAUAUCUCUAUCUUCCUAGCCAGCUACAUAGUGCUGGAGAUCUAUGGCCGGAGUGAGGGAAGAAGAGUUCGACGAGGGAGAUGUGUGGGACGUGCUGCAGGAUGAUAACCACCGUCCGCCGCCGCCGGCGGCGGCGGCCGGGCUCAUGGCAACUACUCCACCAAGCAUUAGGAGGGGUAGUAGCAAGUGUAAGAAGGUCGUUGCUGCGUCGUCCAAGGACGAGUCGGUUGCCGCAGGUGGCGCCGGCGCGAGGGGCCUCAAGGGAAGGUCGUCGGCGCCAGUGGCCAUUCCGGCUGGCAGCAGCUCGAGCUCGGCGAGGCGGCGAGGCGGCAACAGCGGACAAGACGAGGAGGAGGACGACGGAGGAGAGAUGCUGCCUCCGCAUGAGUGGCUGGCGAGGAAGAUGGAGCGGAUGGGCGUGGCGUCGCCGCCGGAUCAGGCGUGCCGGCCGGGGAGGAGCAAGGGGCGGGAGCUGACCAAGGUCAGGGACGCCGUGCUACCCAAGACCGCCUUCUCUGAGCGGUAGCUUAUUAGUGUUAUUAUUAAUAAGCUUAAGCUAGGUGGUCAUUGGUCAAGCAAGCAUCCAUGCUCUUACAUACAUACACACACUGCUAGUAACUAACAAGCUAGGCAUGCAUGUUCCUAGCAUUGCUCAAGCUAUAGCUACUACGUGUAUGUACAAAUAAGAUGCAUGAAUGCGUUUAAAUUCCUAGCUAUUAUGUAGCUACUAUAUAGGUCAUUGACAUGCAUGCUCCAUCAUGUUAGCUGGCUAUAGUAAGUGGUGGUUUCUUUUUGGGGAAGUACAUGUAUGAUGGGUGGAUAUGUGGGCAUGCAAGCUUAUGUGAGCUAUAGUAACUAGUUUGAGUUGUUGCUCUCGGUCCCGUGGAUGUAAUAAACAUUUAGACAUAGUACUCAUAUAUGCGCGUGUUUAUGUGUGUGCUAUGCACUAGUUUGUACUUCGUAGGCUGCGUGCCAUGCAUUGCAGCCACUCCCCA